UCAAUAGGGACCUUAUUUCUUUCAUUUUGGAACAUGCUAACUUAGUAUUCAUAGCCGAACAUUCUUGAAAUCUUCCAUUAUCAGUACGACUUCAAGGAAGAAACAUUAGAGAUCUUCCUCGGACUCAAGGAAGGAAGCUUGUAUUCGCUAUUGUCCACCACCGCGCCGCUUACCAUGGCCAAAGACUACGAAUUCAUCGACCGCUACCUCAAGCAAAUGCUGGAAGCACUUGACUAUCUCGCAUCAGAGAAUGUUAUCCACCGCGAUAUCAAGCCCGCAAAUAUCCUGUACGUGAUGGAUUCCAAACAACAACCGUUCUUCCAACUUGGAGACUUUGGUCUUGCCCACGACUUUUCUACCGGCGAAACCGCAGUGAAGGUCGGCGUUGGAACUCCAGGCUACAUGGCUCCGGAGGCGGAAAAUGUAGCGAUCCAAGAACCUCAGACGCACAAGGUUGAUAUAUGGUCAUUAUUCAUGACUUUGGUAUGGAUCACCAACGCAGGUGGAUUCCGGACGAGGUCAAGGUUUCCUCUGAGGUUCACGCAGUGUUUUGCUAUUGCUUCAAGUGCUAUUAAAUCCCAACUUAUGCCAUAUGGCGCGAUGGCAGAGAAGCAUCCGGACGACAGAGCGUCUGCGGCACAGAUGUUAGUUCUUCUGUACGAAGGUGAAGGCUUAUCUACCCCACGACGCAUGAUUCCACCCCUGAGUACGAAGGGUCGCAAAUAAGGAGAUUUUGAAGACUUUCGAGGAUGGAUAGAAGUUUUUCUUCUUCCAGUUCUGCGGAUUUCUUUGGUUUGACCCCAAGAAAAUAGGGAAGUUCAGUCAUUCAACCUACCCACUGGUCAAUUCAAUUCGCUAGCUACGUACGUACGGCAUACCCGGGGUCAAAGGGGUCAAAGGACGACCCACCCAAAAAUGCUUAGGUCAUCAGAUCAAUAUAAAAACGAAAAAUGGUCGAAUCGGCUUUGAAACUGCAGGGAAGUGCUCAAAUUUGGUUGAAGUCAACUGAAUGCGAAUGUUUGAUUUGACUUGG